UGGAAUAAUUAUUUUAUUCCUCUCUUAAUUUGUUUGUUUUGACUGUGGCUGUGUCAUCGGAGAACUUCAUUGUUUUUUUUUAUUAUUAUUAUUCAAUUAAUUUUCGGCUUACAAUUAAAUUCAUUUUUUAAGGGCUUUCUUUUUAAUUAUUCUUUUUUUAAUUUCUGGCAAUUGUUUUAAGUUGAAUUCUUACAAAUAAAUCUUGCAUUUAUUUUAAAUUUAAAGUAGCUUUAAAUUUACAAAUAAUUAGUAUAAAUUCAAUUGGAAUUAGCUUGUAAAAUUCAUGGGAUUCUAUUUCGAUACAAGGGAAUUUAUAAAGGCAUUUUAGAAUUCAACUGCAGAUUCACAGAACUUUCUAGAUGCAUCUAGAAAGUAGUUCUCAAUGUAAAUCAAAUGGGUGGGUGGGUUUUGCGCGACCCUCCCAGGGCUGCUACCCGCGCUAUAAAAAGGCGCUCCGUCCGCUGGCUCGAUGCAGAAGGCUGACAGACCUCAGAGAAAUCAGAGGUAAAGCUUCGACACUCGAGCCAGCUGACGGAGAGCAUUCAACCCUUUGCUCUCUGUUCGCAGGACACCUGGACACCCAGUGCAGUUUCGGACGCCCGUCCGAUCCCUUCGCACCCGUCCGAGCUGUCCCACGGCGCCGACCGCUGUCCUGUCCCGGCGCUGUCUCGUCCGAGAACAGCCGGAAGGCCGACCGCGUCCCGAGCCCCUCGAGAGACACACCUGUGUCCCUCGUACUGUCCCGGAUGCGGCUGAGCCGUCCGAAGCCGUACGGAGCAAUUUUGCCAGCUCCUUCCUGUCCGAGGAAUCGGGCGCCGACGUGGCACGCCGCCAGCGAGCGCUCGGACGAAGGCGUCCGAACGUCCGCCGCCAGAGACCCGCACGCCGUGGGCCCCGGCCGCGCCGAGAGCCUGCAGGGAGCCGUCCGGGUUCCCAGCAAGGACGUUUCCAGGGCAGCCUGCCGGCCUACCCAGGGAACACCGCUCCCAUUUGUUGAUUUUUAAGUGACAUUGAACGAACAAUUUCGAGUCAGUGAAAUUUGCUCAUUCUGCCAGAAUUGUUGUGUUAAAUAAAGCCCGUGUGUAAGCUGA